UGUCCUGUGUUUUACGUCUCACCACAUGUUGACAGAUACUAUCAGAUUUUUGACAAGUACAUAUUUGUCUUUUGCCUUUGCUCAACCACAGAAUGCAAACCUUUAAAACAACAUAUCGUCAUAGUUUUAGGUGUCCAUUACACUGACCGAAGUCAGAACCACAUAUGAAUAUUGCAUGAACAUGCAUCAUCUUCACAGCUUUUUUUUUUUCUUUUUUUUUUUUUUUUGAAAGAAACAAGACUCCUUCAUUUUCCCAAAAUAAGGUAAUCAAUUGUGAGUGUUUUGCUGACACACCUGGCCAGAUGUCACGUUAGAAGAAGGCUGGUUUCACGUGUCAGUUUAACUUUGCAUUGCUGGGCCGUUAAAUUAUUGCCGAUAGCUUCUGAAUUGAUAAUGACCAACGUGAUCAGACUGUGGAGUGAACAAUCCUGGGCAUUGCCCCUCCUUGCUGUGUCUGUCAAAUGACCGGAAGGGGCUACGGUAAAAGCAGACACCGUGCAGUUUCGCGUGGUUAUCGCAAUUGGUUUUCCAGGGGUGGGUGUUUGGGGGGGGGGGGGGGGACGACACUGACUGCAUUCGCCAGACCAGCACGCACACACACACACGCACCUCUCAGCACCGGUGAUGCAUCCCCGCGGCGGAAAGGACACGGACAACUCCUCGUUAGAGUCGUCUCGACUUUAGGAUGGUGCAGAAGUCUCUCAACGGCGGGGUCUACCCAACUCAAGCCGAGGAGAAGAAGCACAGGGUCGGCUUCGUCGGACUGGACCCCGGCGCUCCCGAAUCCGGCAGGGAUGGGGCGCUGCUCAUUGCGGGCGCGGAGAGCACCAAGCGGAGCAGCAUCCUCUGCAGACCGAGGUCCAGCAUCUCCGCCGGGAGACCCAGACCGUCGAAGAAAAACGCCAGCUAUCGGAAACUGCAGAAUUUCCUCUAUAACGCACUGGAAAGACCGCGGGGAUGGGCGUUCAUCUACCACGCGUAUGUCUUCCUCCUGGUCUUCUCCUGCCUCAUACUUUCAGUAUUUGCCACCAUCAGAGAGUUCAAAAAUAGCUCAGAGAGUGCCUUGUACAUCCUGGAAAUUGUGACUAUCGUGGUGUUUGGGGUGGAGUACAUUGUGAGGAUAUGGGCCGCUGGCUGCUGCUGUCGGUACAGAGGAUCGAGAGGGAGGCUAAAAUUCGCCGCAAAGCCUUUCUGUGUCAUAGACAUCAUGGUGCUGAUCGCCUCAGUGUCCGUGCUGGCAGCUGGAUCCAAGGGAAAUGUUUUUGCCACCUCGGCCAUCAGAAGUCUGAGAUUCCUGCAGAUCCUGCGCAUGCUGCGCAUGGAUCGCCGCGGAGGCACCUGGAAGUUGCUCGGAUCUGUAGUGUAUGCCCACAGCAAGGAGCUCAUCACGGCGUGGUACAUAGGCUUUCUGUGUCUCAUCUUGGCUUCAUUCCUGGUGUACUCGGUGGAAAAGGAGUCAAAUAAGGAGUUUGAGACCUAUGCUGAUGCUCUUUGGUGGGGACUGAUCACUCUCACCACCAUUGGUUAUGGUGAUAAGGUUCCCAAGACCUGGAAUGGACGCUUGCUGGCAGCAACAUUCAGCAUGAUCGGGGUGGCCUUCUUUGCUCUUCCCGCUGGCAUCCUGGGUUCUGGCUUCGCCCUCAAAGUCCAAGAGCAACACAGGCAGAAACAUUUUGAGAAGAGGCGUACCCCUGCAGCAGGCCUCCUCCAGGCUUCGUGGAGGUUUUAUGCUACCAACCUUUCCCGCACAGAUCUGCUGUACACUUGGGAUUUCUACGAGCAGACUGUAGCUGUCCCAAUGUACAGACUUAUUCCACCUCUGAAUCAGCUGGACCUGCUGAGGAAUCUGAAGGGCAAGUCAUUCAGGAAGGACUCUCAAGCGGAAACCUUUCCCAGUAAUGAAAAUGCACACAAUGACAGACUUUGCGGGUGCUGUCCGAGAACUAUUAGCCGGAAGGCCAGCCUGAAGGACAAGGUGUUCCCCAGUCCCUCCAAGGCUCCCAUGGCCAAGGGGAAAUCCCAGUCUCCGGGGCCAGAGGAUGGGGCCGAGGCGAGUCCCGGCAAAGUCGACAAGAGCUGGAGCUUCACCGAGAAGAACCGAGGGCCAAAGCACUCCUUCAGGUCCAGGGGCAGCGCCUCGCGGCAAAACUCCGAGGCAAUUGAAGGUUUAAUAAAGGCGAGCCUCCCCGUAGAGGAAAUUGGCGAUGAUAAGAGCUGCCACUGUGAGUUUCUCGAUCAAGAAUUACCACCAGGCCUGAGGGUGACAAUAAGGGCAAUCUGCGUCAUGAAGUUUCUGGUGUCAAAGCGAAGGUUCAAAGAGAGCCUGCGGCCUUACGAUGUCAUGGAUGUGAUCGAGCAGUACUCGGCAGGUCACCUGGACAUGCUGUCUCGCAUCAAGAACCUGCAGUCCAGAGUUGACCAGAUAGUUGGUAAAGGUCCUCAAGCUGAGGGAGAAGCUGGAGAUGACCAGAGCAUGAUGGGACGUCUGAUCAAAGUGGAAAAGCAGGUGAACUGCAUGGACAGGAAACUGGAUUUCCUGGUCAACGUGUAUGUGCAGCGCAUGGGCAUCACUCGUUCGGAAACCGAGGCCUUUUUCAACGUCAAGGAGCCGUAUCCAGCCCCGCCUUACCACAGCCCGGAGGAGGACAAGCAGGAGAAGGAGGGCGAGGAGGAGGUGAAGGAGGAGAAGGAGUUGCAGACGUGCUCGGCGGCAGCUGUGUCGUGCUCGGAUGGGUCUUUGGAAAAGAAAGAUCCUUUGUUGGGUGUCUGCGUGGCCAUAUCGGUGGGCACCCCCUCUGGCAGCCACAGCCGCCCCUCUACCUCCUGGCAGCACCAGCUAGAGCACCCCCUCAGCCAGCCCGCCUGGAACAGCAGUGUGGCCAACACCCCCUCGCCGGUCGGCGGCAGCGGCGAUCACUCGCCCACCCUGUUCCGCCUCCCGCCUCCGCCUGCUCCGGUCCACGACCGAUCCUCCUCCGGCCCUGGCGGCAGAGAGAGCGGCUCUCGAAGCAGGAGGCGCCAUCGGAGACGUCAGAAGGACACCACCGUCAUGGAGAGCGACACGUCCCUGUCCAUCCCGUCCGUCGACCACGAGGAGCUGGAGCGCUCCUUCAGCGGCUUCAGCAUCUCCCAGGCCAAGGAGGACUUCUUUGGGCCCUCUUUCUUCACAGGCUCAGGUGCCGGAGCAGGGACUGAAGCUGCAGCCGGACCGUCACUCUGUUCCAGGGUCAGACCCUUCAUAGCAGAGGGGGAAUCAGACACAGACUCUGAACUCUACGCUCCCUCACCUCUGUCCUUCACCGGAGAGGUGUCAUGUGGAGACAGGGCAUGGCCAAGACUAAAGUAGGCCAUUGGGGGACCUAUCAGGAGCCAACUGACUGACUGUUGCUGCUGACGAUGCUAUUACAGGCUAUUUUAGGUUAAGUGAAUGGUUACGAUUAGCAUUUUAUUUGUGAGGAUGGUAAAAAUAUGUACUUAUAAAAAUGAAAAAGUCGUCCUUUAUCACCUUUUUGUUUUGUUUGUGAUCCAACACUUUACAUGCAAUGCUUGAUUACAGUUGCAUUGUAUCCAUCGAGAUCAUGGUUGAUAGAAAAAUAGCUGUUUAGGGACAUUUCUUUCUUACUUGGGGACAUUUCUGUUUAUUUAUUAGUGAUGAAAGGUACGCGAGAGAACAGAUGUGGGAGUGUGAUUUAGGAAACUUUUUCAUUUUGCACAGAACUUGUACGUGACAGGGAUUUGAAUGAAACAUAAGAGAGAAAAUCACCUUCUUUUAUGAAUAGUAAGUGCAUUUCAGCACUUCAUCUGUUAUGCUGACCACUUAAACUUUGACGACAUAGUGGAAGUUAGUGAUGCAAGAACGUUUCAGUCUCACCACAGGGUUAACAUAGUGUCUUGAUAACACUUCUAUACCUUUGAAUGACAUGAGGUGUUUCGAUGCCAAAACCUUAGCUAUGAUAAUCCAUUAGAUUCUUGCAGAGAAAAAAAUGAAAGAAAUGUGCUUGCUUUUUAGAAUGGUUUAAUUCAGCCUGGUGUUCACUAAGUACUGCAGAAGAACUUUCCUCAAAGUAUUGCAGAUACUUCCCCGUUGGUAAACCAGUGACCCUGCUGCAUGGCAUGUUAAAUGGUUGAUUUAAGGACCGUGUUUAAGCUGGCUACAAAACCAGAAGAAAAGUAAGCGGACAAAUUCCACGAGUGUCUCACUUCUUAUACAAACAAACCGAGAGGUGAACAAGACAUGAAAAUGUGCGUGCAUGACCAGUUUCAAGCUAAAAUACGUUUGCUUUUUUUUUAAUGUGGCUUUAAUUGAGUUACAAUCAUGUGAAGGCCGCCCAAGCUUUCAGUUUUUUUUUUAUGUCAACAAAUGAUGUCCACAUUAAAUACAAAGGCAGAUGUUUAAUGCCACAUAUGGAAACUAAAAUGCACAUUUACUCAUAUAUUUUGUAUUGUUAUUAUACAAUAUGCAGUUGAACUAAGUAAAUCAUAAAAGACACUUGUUACUCAGACAUGAAGGUAUUGAGCCCGUGAUGCAUAGGUCAGUCGUUUAGACUCUCUGCUGCUGUGUCAGUCCUGCACUAAAUGAGGAAAACGCAAUAAAAAGCAAGCAAAGGCAAUCAAGAACCAACAUCAACAUGGCCUUAUUUUUCACACCAAUAUCCAUUAUUUUGUAAGUUAAUAAAUUCUGAACAUUUCAUAAAAGUAGUCCAAGUGCAUUUUAUAUAUUGGAGGCUCUGUGGCUUGAGAGCGGUUGUUCUGUUACAGUUUUAGCCACUGAUAAUGUUAAAAGCAUGGCAUUGGAACAUCUGAAGCAUGAACAGUUCUUGUGACCUUAAAACUAUCCCGAGUUAUAGCAAAUUGGACAUUCUUCAACAUUUUAACAUUUGCACUGAAAAUAUCAUUUAGUAGAGACUGUUUCACACAAGAUACACCAUUUAUUUAUUCUUUUCACAAAAGAAGAAACAAACCUGCUGGCAUGUUUUUUACAACCCAAAGAAAGGACCCGUAGGGUUUUUCAACAAUACAGUAGCUCUUAGUUCAAGACAUCAUGCAACUGCACCGUAUUCUUCUUCAAUAAUAAAACUUUGUACAUCACUGAAAAUCAUCUCUUUGGUCUCUGUCAAUGCAGCAACACAGUGACAUGUUCUGCUGUGAGAAGUGUAUCAGCUGCGUGGUGUAACAGUGGCAACGUAUCAGUAGAUGGCAAUCAAGAGCUUCAGCUGAGUGGGUUCUUGUCACAGUAAAACAUGUGGGAGAAAAGUUGAGGCAAAAGAUGGAUGGAUGGAUGGAUAGAUAGACGGAU